GUUUUGCUGUUACUAUGCGGAACUUGCUCAGUGAAGGAGGGUAAUUGAAACGGCAAACAUUGCUAACGAUUUCUGUGCUGGCAGAAUAAAUGUUUGUUUUUCAGAUACUAUUACAUAAACAGCAACGUGAACUCUUAUUGUAUCUAUAUCAUCACUGUUAUUACCCGUCAUGUUUGCGCUAACAUCAGCUGAUUCGUGGUCACGUCCCACAAGGCUAGCUGUCUAAGCUAACCAGCUAAUGCGAAAGCUUAUCUAACCUAACAGAUUAACUACGUCGGGACUGUGUCUUUUACUAAGGAGAAUUAGGGGUUCAGGCACUUUCUCUAUAGAUUAAAUAUGCUAUAUGAAAAGAUUAUGCUUGUGAGCUGUGAAAUAUAUGUGGCCGAAUUGUAGGUAGGUAAAUUAGGCAGCAGUUGGUUUUGCAAAAACUGCGGCUGGUGGAACUAAUUCCGACUUUUCAAUUUCAUUUCCUUCCCAGGUCCCUCACUGAACUCAUGUACUUGUGGCACUGUAUGCUGCAGAACAGGAAAACAACAAGCCUGAGAGAGAGAGAUUUAUUGAAGUUCAGGACAAGGACACUAUUCAUGUUAUGCUUAUACAGAAACUGAAUUAGUCCCGUCAUAAAGUAACAACGAGCAGAAUGUUUUGAGUCAAAACAAGGGAUCUUCGUGCAGAAGAAGCAUGGAUUCCACUGCGGAUUGGUCAAGAUACUGGAGCCAGAGUUUGGACCUAAAAAUGCUGCUUCUGCGAGCUGAUUGGCCACAGCCCUGUGCCCGGAAUACCGCCCCUUCUCUCCAGUGAUUGGAUGAGCUGGAUCUAGCGCUGUCAGUUAGAACCCCCCCUUACUCCUUGUAGACUGCGCAGCAGCUCCGCUUUGUUAGUUGAGCAUCUAGAGAGACUAAAGGAUCUAGAUCAAUGCACUGACAGAAGAAAAUGAUCAUCUGCACGAAAAAGAUGGAGUACCCCCUCGGAACCCAAUGCCAACGUGCCCAGAGCCAGGUGAUGAAGGUGAGCUCUGAAAAGGAGCGUGCGUCGCUGCUGUGCAUGAAAGCACUGGUCAGUAGGGGGCGCCUGGACACGGUGUCGCAGCAGAUGGCCGUCCACCCACAGUACUUGGAAAGUUUCCUCCACAGUCAGCACUACAUCCUGCACAUGGAUGGACCGCUGCCGCUGCCGUACCGCCACUAUAUCGCCAUCAUGGCGGCAGCACGGCACCGCUGUAGCUACCUGGUGUCCCUGCACUCGGCCCAGUUUCUUCGCGUGGGGGGGGACCCCGUGUGGCUUCAGGGCCUGGAAGCCGCCCCUCCCCGGCUGCGACAUCUGGACCACAUCAACAAAGUGCUGGCCCACCGGCCUUGGCUUAGCGGCCGCGCCCACAUCCAGGCCCUGCUGAAGCCCGGAGAGCAGUGCUGGUCACUGGCUGAGCUGGUGCAGGCUGUGGUUCUGCUGGCACACUGCCACGCCCUCUGCAGUUUCGUCUUCGGUUCAGGGACGGACCCAGACCCCUCUCCAGCGCCCAGGGUGCCCCAUGGCACACCUCCUGGUUACUGUACCUGCGACGCGGCCAAUGGCAACGCCACACCCCUAGAGAGGGCACCACGACGGCGGUCCCUGGACUCCAGCUGCGAGGUGGCUUGUCUCAGGGAAAAGAUCCAGCGAGCGCAGGAGGAGACGGACAGGCCGGGCUCCCAAGCACUCCCGUAUGCGGAUGCGGAGGAAGAGGAGGAGGUGACCUGUACAGAACCCUCCCUCUUCGUCACAGACCCCGAGUUCGGCUACCAGGAGUUCGCCCGCCGUGACGAGGAUCACUUCCAGGUCUUCAGGGUGCAGGACUACUCAUGGGAGGACCACGGCUUCUCGCUUGUGAACCGGCUGUACUCGGACAUCGGCCACCUCCUGGACGAGCGUUUCCGCUGCGUGGCGGCCUUGCCGUUCCCCCGCGGGCCCGAUCUGCGCCGCGCCGUCUGGAACUACAUCCACUGCAUGUUCGGCAUCCGGUACGAUGACUAUGACUACGGCGAGGUGAAUCAGCUGCUGGAGAGGGAGCUGAAGCUGUACAUCAAAGCCGUGGCCUGCUUCCCUGACAUCACCAGGAGCCCCCUGCCCAGCGCCCUGCUCACUGCCUCCGAUAAGAUACAUAUCAACCUCCUGAUCAUGGAGGCAAGGCUGCAAGCUGAGCUCCUAUACGCCCUGAGAGCUAUCACUCAGCACAUGAUUGGUUAGGAGGGCGUGGCAAGGAAGGGGUUAUGGGCGAACGGGGAGACACGUUGUAAGUUAGCUGUGAAGGGGAGGGAGUCAAGGGUGGGUGUGGAGGGGACUGAUUGUACGUGAGAGGAAUUUGGGGGGUGGGGCACGUAAUCGGCAGACUCACUGCAGCUCACUCUGCUCGGGUCUCUUAGCGUCUCUCUGGCCGAUCCGAGCUUUGAACUGACUUGUGUGCCUCCGUGUGAGUUUGCGUCCGAAGCCAAACCGCUAAAACACUACAGUCUCACUCCUUCCUUUAUUCUGUCGUUCUGUUCUUCUUGGCAGUUCACCUCCUCCUUUUUGGCACUUUCAUUUUUAAUCCUCCACCGCCACUGUUUGACGGUUUACGUGCAAUUAUCUUGUUGGUGUUUGUCUGUGUUACUAUAGCUGCCAUGUUCCUGUCUGUUUUUGCAGCAGCUGUGGGAGGGGGGGGGCGUUGAAGUGGUCACCCAACAGAAAACGUUUCCUUUGUUUAUAAUGAUUUCGUGGGUUGAAAUGGAUUUUCUUUUAUUAUUUUUUAAGCUGUUUGUGACAUCUUUUUGAGCAAACUGGACAGGUUUGUUUUGAACAGGAGAGGAGGAAUGGUUUAAAACUCAGAAACACUACAGAAAAUGGCACAGAGGCAAGUUCUUUUAACAGCGUUUUAAUGUAUAUCUAUAUAUUUAUGGAAUAAGGACGUUGUGUGAUAGUUGAAAUUUGAGCCAUUCCACAGCCUCGCCACAUUCUAGCAGGUGUUGUGCGCCACCUGCAGUUCACCUGUAGCAGGUGACAGAAUCUUUUACUCAUGAGUGGGGGGGGGGGGGGGGACUGGAUACGGGGAGCAAGGUGCAGAUAUAUUCAGUACACGGACAUGUGCACCUGUGCUGUUGGUUCUGACUCGUGUGGAGGAGAUUAUGACCGCAUCUGUUAGGGGUGUGCGGCUUCUGCUUUGCAGGGGUGAGUGAGGAUUACAAGGAAGAAAAUGGCCAUCAGUGAACUUCCUGUUGGUAUAGCUGUUUUUGCUCCUUGCCUCUCUGUUGCACAAAGGAGUUUCCUAACAUUGGUGAUCCUGGAGGUCUUCCACUGGGCACAAAAGCCUACGUCCGAGGCCAGGCCAGGAACAUAAGGCUGCAAAAAUGUCGUCCCCCCCCCCCACCCAGCCACAUGCUGGCGCAAAGUUUCUGCCUUGUGCUGCCGGCGGCUUUAAUGCGGCACCAGGUGUUGCUGGCAGUCGCUGGGCAAACGCGUCUCAUCAAGGUACAUUUUGCUUUUCAGAGCAACUUAUCUAGAGUCAAUCAUUCUUUUAAAACUUUUUAAGAAGUCUGUGUGUGUUCCAUUUUUGUCUUUGUUAUUGUAGUUUGUGAGUGGGGGGGGGUGGUGUUGCUGCUAAUUUCGCACUCAUUGUGCUGCCGCCUGAACUCCGCUUCUAGUGGUGGG